UUUUAUUCGGUGAGUUUAACAAGCCAUCUCCAAGCGUUAUUAACAAAAGUUGGUUGAGCGCUACCUGUUGGAUUUGACAACAGUUGGGUAUGACAGAGGCUUACCUGUAACCAGUGGAGCAGACAGCAAUUAAAACAACAUAAUCGUACAUAGAUCAACCGGUGAACGAUAUUCUCAAGAGGUUUAACUUUAAACUUCCCUAAUUUAAAAUUUUUAAUGGCAAAAAUAGUUGCUUCUUCUCCUGGAAAAGGAAUUCUUCAUGGGGAACACGCAGUUGUCUAUGGAAAGUCGGCUGUCGCCAUGAGUGUGGACUUACGAACAAGAACCACAGUUGAACCUAUUAACAAAAAUGUUGUAGAGCUCCAUCUACCCGACUUACAAACUUCCAGUGAAUGGUUCAUUGAAGAUAUUAUGAGGAUACCAGUCACUUCAAAUGAAGAAAUUGAAGAUGCAGUAAAGGUUUCAGAAGCCCUGAAGCACCUUCAGACAGUUUUAAACGUACAGGUACCAUGUUGUACUGAUGCAAAGCAACAGAGCAUUUAUGCUUUUCUCUUUCUUUACAUUGAAAUAUCGAGGAAAUAUCGUGGUGGUAAUUUCCCAUCUGUGAAAGUAACUGUGACUUCUGAGCUACCAAUGGGUGCUGGAUUAGGAUCUUCGGCAGCUUUUGCAGUCAGCCUUUCUGCUGCUUUUUUGGCAUUUUAUGGAAAGCUUGAUAAGAAAACUCCAUUGAGUCAAGAAAACCUAGAUGAAAUAAGCAGAUUUGCUUUCCAAGCUGAAAUAAUUAUUCAUGGAAAGCCAUCAGGCAUUGAUAAUUCAAUAUGUACAUAUGGAGGUGCUCUUAUUUUUCAAGCUGGAAAAAUUAAAGAAUUUUUGCCAGAAGUUCCACCACUUAAGAUCUUAUUAGUAAACACUAGGAUUCCACGAAAUACCAGAGAUCUAGUUGCCAGUGUACGGCAAAGAUUUGAUACGUGUCCCGCUGUGAUUCAGCCAGUGCUGGAUGCCAUAGAUGCUAUUUCCAGGCAAAGCUGGCAACUUUUGAAAGAAAUGUCUAAUACAAAUUCACUCCAGAAGUUCAUUCCAUUAUUGAAAGUAAAAUUCCAGGAAAAUAUCCUUCAUUUACUUAAAGAGUCUCUGGAACAGGCAGAACUGGAGAUUUUUGAAGCUGAAUUAGGAUGUAAUGGA